CGCUGCCCGCCUCUCCGCCACCUGGACUCCCGCCUGUCUUGUUUGCCUCGCCUUCUUUUACUUGCUUUUGCUAUAAUAAUCGGUAAUUCCGCUCCUCCAGGCGAACUCCCCGUCUGUCAACUGUGGUGGAAGACCUGGUCGCAAAAGGACCUACCCCAGGGCUUGCUAUCCGGCCCAGCGGCACCCAACCCUCUGUUAGGCACCCAAUUUUUUCUCCGCAAUGGGAUGCUAAGUCUGCGGAACGCCCGCGGCUGUUUCUGUGCUCUCACUGCUCUUCCUUUCGCAUUGAUGGCUCGCCGCUAGGCCAUCUCCCACCCAGCAGUCAAAAAAGGCUACGCCGUCCGAAAGUCGGGGCAUGAUGAACCAUCAUCUGCCCCCGCUGCCUCACGGGCAGCCGCCCCUGCCUCCUCCUCGCCGGCAGCACGAUAUUCCCUAUGCGUCGGCGCCGCCUAAUGUGCGCUCGUCCCAAGCAUACAUGGGCUAUCACCACCCCCAUCCUCACGCGACCGGUCCUCUACCCCCAUACGCACCCCACCAAUACCAGCAGCACUGGUAUCCAUAUCAACAGAUGCCACACCCUCCACCACCGCAACCGUACCAGUCGUACAGUCCUUUGAUCGUCUCCUCGUACCCUCGUUCCCAGCAUAUCGCCGCAACCGGCCCACCACCUUCAUUCCCCUUGCAGACCCCUACUACCGCCUCAACGCCGCAGCUUUCGUCCUUCUCCUCGACGCCUCCCCCAAUCGUUGCCCCGUCAUCUGCCACUUCGGAUUUACAGGAAGAUAUAUCCACAAACCGCCCGGCGGAGGCCCAAUCCAAAGCAAUUGAUGGAGGUUCGACAAGCUCGGGCACUGCGUUCGUUCCUAGUGCAGUUGUUCCGGAAGCUUCGGUCAAUGAGCGCACAAGCAUAGAACCCACCGCUAGAGAACCGUUUCAGCCACCGCUGCCCUGGUUGUCGGUUCCUGAGGCCCCAUUCCCUGAGAAGCUACCUCGGAGACGGCGAAAGCCCAGGAUCGCUGAAGUUACCAAGCAAUCUGUGGCUCUCUCCUUCAAGGCCGACAGCGAGGGAAAUGAACCCCAGAAACCCGGUCUUGAAGCAGAACCCCCAUUGCCCGAGCGUACUGCCACUCCCACUCCAACAGCCUCCCACGCCCCAUCUGAACCCACCUCGACACAGCCAACCACUCCGUCGUCUUCCAGCAACUCACAAUCUCCGUCCCAUGUUCGUCAAGUGUCUCAGGCAAGCACGCCACGAAUGGCAGCCCCAAUCGUUCCGAUCGUUCCUGUUGUUCCCAUCAUGCCAGCUACACCCAACCUUUCGAAGCAAGGACAGCAGACCACCGGAAGUGCCACAGACAACACUAAACCCAUUGAGUCAGUGCAGCCUAGCCAAAGUACUGCUAACCAGCAGGACUUGAAAGCAACGCCUCCACCUCGUUCGCAGCCAAAAUCAUGGGCCGACCUUGUUCGGACGAAAAAGCCAACCUCGGGAAGCGAUGAUGCCGUGUCAACAUCGGGUGUUGGCGGUUUGGCUCCGUCCAAGUCUGAAUCUCUCGUCGACGUUAUUAAUAGCUUGGCUUCAGAAGCGGAUCUUUAUAGCAAUAAGAUUGCCUUUGUUGAGCCUCGAGGUCUUGUAAAUACGGGUAAUAUGUGUUAUAUGAACUCGAUCCUCCAAGUUCUCGUCUUUUGUGUUCCGUUUUAUGAUUUCCUUGAUCGGGUUAGUCGUCGUGCUGCACACAGCUUCAAGAGCGAGCUCCCGCUUCUCGAUGCAAUGAUUAUGUUUAUGAGAGAAUUUCGAGUAAUUGGCUCGGCAAGUUCUGUCGAGCAGUUGCGGCAACGUUUGAAGCAGACUGAACUAGAGCAAUAUGGGUCAUCAUUCAUUCCAGAAUACGUUUACCAGGUCAUCAGACAUCUCCCUCGCUUUAGAGAUAUGCGCCGAGGCCAUCAACAAGAUGCCCAAGAAUUCCUCGGUUUCUUGUUUGAAGAGCUUCACGAAGAGUGCUUACAUGCAAUAAAGAGCUCUUCCGCUUUGCCUGAAGCUGCAAGUGCUUCAGAUGUCGAUGCUGUCUCCAUGACGGAUGAUUCCGCUGGUGAAGGUUGGUUAGAAGUUGGCCAUAAGCAGAAAGCCGCCGUCACCCGAUCCUCGGGACACAUUGCUUCAGAAUCCCCAAUCACGAGAAUCUUCGGUGGCAACCUUCGCUCUGAAUUCAGAGUCCCCGGAAAUAAAAACUCCGUUACCUUGGAGCCUUACCAGUCGCUUCAACUUGAUAUUGGCUCUCCUCAAGUUAAUAAUAUCAUCGAUGCACUAAAGGGCCUUACCAGACCGGAAACUAUGCACGGGGAUUUUAGCUCCUCGCGUGGUACCAAAGUGAAUGCCACCAAGCAGGUGUUCAUUGAAAGCCUACCACCGGUCCUGAUUCUCCAUCUGAAGCGCUUCCACUAUGAUAGUGUAACAAAGGGCACUCAGAAAAUUUGGAAGAAGAUUGGAUAUCCUUUGGAACUCGAAAUCCCCAAGGAGGUGUUCGCUCCACACCGUCGAAAUAUGUUAGCUGCCCAGGGUGGUGGCCUUCCCAAGUAUAGGCUUACCGGUGUUAUUUAUCACCAUGGCAAAAAUGCAAGCGGCGGGCACUAUACGGUGGAAAUCCGCCGUCAAGAUGGCCGCGAAUGGAUCCGUAUCGAUGAUACCGUGAUUCGCCGCGUUCGAAGCGAGGAUGUUGCAUUUGCAGGAAGUGAGGAAGAUCCAACGAGCCAGGCUGCUGCCCUCGAGCAGCAUAAAUCUCUCGAUAGCAGUUCACAGUCGAAUAUCUUCCGCCAUUUCGACCAGGACGACGAGCAAGACAGCGAGCGUGGAUGGAACCAGGUCAACGGCUCGGGGUCGAGCCACGCAAGCAAAAAAUCAGUCAGCGCGCUGGCCAACGGAACCAGCCCACCCAACACCGCGUCAGGAGACUCCUCGGGCAAGAGGACUUCCAGCAGCCGAUUGGCAGCUCGGGAGAACAAGGUCGCCUAUCUGCUUUUCUAUCAGCGGAUCUAAGUACCCGUUUAUAGCGAGAUGCCCCUAGGCUCUCUUAACCCAACGUAUUUUCCCUCGAUUUUGAUACCAUCUUAACCUACCCUCUACACACAUACAUACAUACCUGUUCUCACAUUAUGUUCUUCCCCUCCGCGGCUUUUAAGCUCUAUUCUCCAGGUAUCUUGCUCCAUUUUUAACCCCCUGGGCUUACCCUGGGUUUCUGAUGUUUAUGUGUAUGACGGCGGUGAUGGUGAUGGUGGUGGCGGUGCUCAGGCAGUCCAUUGUUUCUUUUUGUUUGUUACCAGGAUGAAUGGGAAAGCUGGAGACCGGAUUUGUUUCCUGCAUGGUCGGUUUCUUCUUUUGGGGGGGGAGGGACGCAAAACUCACACACGCCCUCACCUUUUUCUCUCUUUCUUUUCUUUUUAAAAAACCAACAACAAUUAAAGAAGAAAAAAGAUAUGAAAAAAGGCCUCUCCCUUAUUUUAAUAUUUAUUUCGAAUCCUGGCGGAAGAAGAAGAAAGCUCGGGAUAAAGAAAAGCACGGGUGGUGGCAUAUGUUUUUGGUUCCUGGAGGGUGAGGGAGGUGUGCAGUAGUUAGUUAUAGUUUAGGGGUUUGGGGGAGAGAGGCUAAAUGCCCUUGGAACGUCUGGAGGAAAGCUGUCCCCGGGGUGUUCUCGUCUCCGAGUCGAAAUUAGAUGGUGUUAUAUAUCUUUAUAUCUCAAGGUCCCCAUCGGCCAAGCGAUAAAUAGGCUUCUAUUCAG